GAGUGGUGGAGGUCAUUGGUGUUGUGUGUAUAUAUAUAUAUGAGAGAGAAGAGUCAUGGUCCAUCAGUACCUUAUCUCCCUCCUCGAGAUGAACACCUUCGGUGUCUUCCUGCCUCUCCUGGCCUCCAGCUGCCUCCUGCUGGGCGUCGCAACACAAGACGUCAAGAAAGGCUCGGCGGUGAGGAAUGUGACCCAGGAGCUCACUAUCAACAAUGGUGUCGACUGGGGCGACUGGGGACCCAUUGAGUUCUGUGACGAGGGAAGUUUUGUGCAUGGCUUCGAGGUGUUGUUUGACCCGACCGGCGCCUUGGACGAGACGGCGGUGAAUGGUGUGAAGCUUUACUGCGCUAAUGAUGACCAUUAUGACACAGGAUACGUCACCUCUACCGUGGGCUUCUCCGGGGAGUGGCAAGGAAUGCGAGUGUGCCACGAGGGCUUCAUGACGGGGUUCAGGGCGGAGGUGCUGGAGCCUCAGGGCGUCGUACACGACGACGUCGCUGUUGAAAACGUCGAGAUGCAGUGCGGGUAUAAUGGAGAAAUAUUUGCCGGCGUGCUCGAUCUUCCUAAGUUUACUCCUGGCACGUGGAGUGACUGGCAACAAUGCGAGCAGGGAUCCACGGUGUGCGGUUUACAGGUGCGGUUUGAGGCCGUGUCUGUUGGGGACGAUGCUGCCACUACCGACCUCAGCAUGUAUUGCUGCAAGCACCAGUGAGGUCUUCUCCUUCUUCACCUGGUGCACCUGUUCUUCUGUUCCAUCCCUCUUCAUCCACGACGACACCUUUGAGAACUACUAAUGAGAAAUUGUUGCUCCUCACUCAACCCCACAUCAUACAAGGAGCUGGAAAUAAAACUAAGAACUAUUUGACACCUUUGGGAAAUAUUUGACAUCAUUGAACACUGUUUGAUACAAAUGGGUACUAUUUGGCACCGUUGGGGAACCAUUUGACACCGUUGGGGAACCAUUUGACACCACUGAACAAUCUGGGACACAUUUGGACACUAUUUGACACUUCAGGUUACUACUUCGAGUAAUAUUAUUAUUUUCUAGAUGCUCAGACCAGGCCAUGGGUAGGUUCAACCACUAAUUAGGUCAAGAGAAUAGCCCGUCCUCAUCAACUAGCCCGUCCUCAUCAACCAGCCCGUCCUCAUCAACCAGCCCGUCCUCAUCAACAAGCCCGUCCUCAUCAACUAGCCCGUCCUCAUCAACCAGCCCGUCC